AGGAGUCUACGAGAUCUACGUGAGGUACAAAGGAGACCGUUUGUUUUUCCUCACCAUUGGCGAUCGUAUAUUUAUAGAUCGAUAGAAUCUUUAGCGUUAGACGCCAACUGGCAUCGCUGGUGUUACAGAAAGAGACGUCUCUCACCAAUAGACGUGGCCGCUGGCGCCUAUUUCCGUCCUGUGUUGUUGAUUUCGAUUCUUGGGGGAGGUGAGACCUUUUUUUCUGUUUCCUCACUGUCUGCUGCAGCCUGAACUGCGCGCGUGUACACACACACACACACACAUCACCACAUUUUUUUAAUAAUACAUCUUUGUUAUUUUCCUCUCUGUUCCUCCGUCGACGAUGCCGCGUGAAAUCAUCACCAUUCAAGCUGGGCAGUGCGGCAACCAAGUUGGCAGCGAGUUCUGGCGGCAGCUGUGUCUUGAACACGGCAUCCGGCUGGAUGGCGUGGUGGAGCCCUAUGCCAUCGGCGGCGAGGACCGCAAGGACGUCUUCUUCUACCAAGCCGACGACGACCACUACGUGCCGCGUGCGCUGCUCGUCGAUUUGGAGCCGCGCGUCAUUCACGCGGUGCAGCGUGGCUCGAUGCAGAAGCUCUUCAACACGGAGAACAUCUUCAUUCACAAGGAGGGCGGUGGUGCCGGCAACAACUGGUCGCACGGCUACGAGCUUGGGGAUCAGGUGCAGGAGACCCUCUUCGACAUGAUCGAGCGCGAGGCGGAGAACAGCGACAGCUUGGAAGGCUUCGUCCUCACGCACUCCAUCGCGGGAGGCACCGGAAGCGGGAUGGGCAGCUACGUGCUCGAAAACCUGAACGACAAGUUUCCGAAGAAGCUGAUUCAGACCUAUAGCGUGUUUCCAAACCAGUCGCGGGGCGGGGAGAGCGAUGUAAUUGUGCAGCCGUACAACAGCCUCCUCGCGAUGAAGCGGCUGACGCUGCACGCGGACUGCGUCGUGGUGUUAGACAACACGGCACUGAAUCGCAUCGUUACCGACAAUCUUCACAUCGCCUCCCCCACCGUAGAGCAAAUGAACGGUCUUGUCAGCACCGUCAUGGCUGCCUCCACCGCCACCCUGCGGUACCCCGGCUACAUGAACAACGACCUCAUGAGCAUGCUUGCCUCUCUCAUCCCCACGCCGCGCUGCCACUUCGUGUGCACCGGCUACACCCCCACCACGCUCGACACCUCCAACAUUCAAUCCGCCGUUCGCAAGACCUCGGUGCACGACGUGAUGCGCCGCCUGCUCAUGCCGAAGAACAUGAUGGUGUCCACCUCCAUGAAGAGCGGGUGCUACAUCUCCUUGCUGAACCUGAUCCAAGGCGACGUCGACCCCGCGCAGGUGCACCGCUCGCUGGAGCGCAUUCGCGAGCGCUCCCCGACCUUCAUCCCGUGGGGGCCGGCCUCCAUCCAGGUCAUUUUAUCGAAGAAGUCGCCGUACGUGGACACGCGUCAUCGCGUGAGUGGGCUCGUGAUGGCGAACCACACGAGCAUCCACACCCUCUUCCACCGCACGCUGAAGCAGUUCGACAUGCUCUUCGGCCGCGGCGUCUUCCUCGACCAGUACCGCAAGUACGGCCCGACAAAGGAUAACCUGGACGAGUUCACCGACGCGCGCGAGGUGGUGGAGAGCCUCGUGGCGGAGUACAAGGCGUGUGAGAGCUCCGAUUACAUCCGCAACUUCUAA